CUUUAACACCGUACAAAGUUGAGAAGAAGCAGCAACAGCUUUUUCCCAAAAAGAAAACUAAAAUAGCAAACAAAUGGAAGCAUCAUUGCAGAUUUUUAACGUGCAGCAUGGCCAUUCUCCAGCACAUAUUGUGUGUGACAUCCCGUUCUGGAGGGCUCAAUUUAAAGCUCUUGCCUCCGCAAACCUUGCACACAACCAGUCGCUGUGCAAGAUAAUCGGACGAACGCAGAGCUACAUGGAAAGCAUUGCUACAACUACAGAUACCAGGUGUCAAGACGAAGAAACCCUGAUUGCAAACUUGAUGACUGUACAAAAUGGUUUGAAAUACCAGGCGACAAAGUUAAAGGCGGACGCUGAAGUCUAUCAAGAACUAGAACGCUCACUUAAACAACACAAAAUGAAGGCCCAUGAGCAAAAACUGGCGCAAUACAGCCAGCAGCUGAAGAACCGUCGUGAAAAACUGGACAAACAAAACAAGAUUAUUGAAGAGCACAAGACGGCUUACCACAAGGUAAUGUUUCAAAUCGAAAGAGGUAGAAUAAAAUCCAAACUUGCUACCAAACCAGAUGUAGUAUACAGAACAGAAGGAAAGCUGAAUGCUCUCAAAACAAAAGCCGACAGAUUGUACCAUAAAUAUGUGAAACAACUCGAAAAAUGGCAGCGGAAGUUUGAAAAUAUGGAAAAGAUAUCUUCUGAAUAUGAGGACGUUUUUACUGACCUACAAUCUGAGCGUGCGGAUAUCGUGCUGUCUGCCCUGAGAGAAUGUGUUACCCAAACAGACGCCGGCAUUAUCGGUGAUAAAAAUCGAAUAUUCAAAGGCAUCGACGGAGCAAAUAUAAUCAAAACCAAGGUGCUUCAAAGGGAAGAAAUUCUAGCUCCACAAUUUGAGGCUUUUGAACCUUCCGGUAACACAACAGAGAUGUAUGCCCAAGCAAGAGCGGAGAUAGAGGCAGAGGAGAGAUGUUCAUACAGUAGCGAUAGCGAUUUUGAUGUUUCCGACGUAGAAUUUAAACAAGAUCUCCGCGUAAACAGACAUAUGAAGACAGCACGAAAGUCUCGGACAUAUGUUGUAACAGAAAACUACAGACGAGAAAACAUCGAUGAACUUAAUUUAAAUAUUGGCGACCAAGUGACAAAAUUGCUCCCGGCAAAUGACAGAGGAAUGGCUUACGGUGAAGUUACAAGAAACAACAUGCUGCAUAAGAAAAAGAAAGGAUUCUUCCCAGAGAGUCAUGUCGGGCAUAUUGAUGAAAUUCAGGCCAACAUCGACAAUAACGUGCGAGCCACGGACGACAGUGAAAAAAGUUCCAGGAAUAAGUUCCAGAUAGGAGUAAUGAAUGCUUUAAAGCCAAACAGAAAGACUAAAUUGACAGAGUCCAAGCAAAAAAUAACGACAGAUGAGCUAGAAAAGAAACGCCGACCAAGAAAGUUUUUCUCCUCUGGAAAUCUGUUAAGAAAAUGGGGGAAGAAAGAGGGAAAAGGAACAGAGAUUGAACUGCUUCCGGGCGCUUUCCGCCUCAUGAUGGAAAAUGGAGGCAGUGGGCAGCUGGCAAGAGAGCUACAGCCAGGAGAAUCCGAGUUUUCCCGAAGGAACCAUGCACAAGAAAAUGAUGUAAGAGUAGACCAGGAGCAACCACAUGAUUUGAUAAUUGAGGAAGUAGAUGUUGACAAUACGUUUGUAAGGUUUAUACAGAUGGGAUGCGAGAUGGAAGCCAAAAGACCAGACGAGAGUUUAGCUGCAGCUGACGAUAUAGAGGUCAAUUUAUGUGAAGAAAGAAGAAAAAUUAGGAAGAGAAAGGGAAAGAAAUCAUAAACAUUUGCCUUUAUAAUUGCCAUUUUUUUAAAUCAUUUUUUUAUUCAUGUCUUAAAAAAUCAAGAAAAAGUAAAGAAAUUUAUGUCUAUUA